CACGAUCUCCCUCCCCUCCGCACGCCGCACGGGGCGUUGCAGACCCCCAGCCAAAGGCAGGCCGCGACCCGGAGCACGCCGGCCGGUCGCGGGCGUCGUCGUCGCCUCCCGCGCCGCCGCCCUGCUGCUCGCUCCCGCAUUGGAUCGCGCUGCGGUUGGCGACUCGGUGUGGUCUGCUGCUGGUGACUGAAGCCGGCCCACGCGGAGACGGCAUCAAGUUUCUAACAAUUUGAAGUAUCCCGAAAUGGGCGCAAGAGAUAACGGGGAGGGGAGAGAUGAGAAGAGGGGGACUGGAUCAGAUUAUGUACCUGCUAGAGACUCCUUUUCAUCACAAGGUGAGUCUCGGGUUCCAAAGAGGCUCGGUAAAAAGGAGUCAAAAGAUAAUAGCCCCCGAACGACCAAAAGCAGCGCCAGCCGUCAAGCUCAAAACAAGCUGCAACAUAAAGGAUUAAACAAUGUACAGAACAAGCCUCAGAAACAAAAGAAAACAGUUAGUGCUGCUAAGGCUGUUGACGUUAGAAAACCAGAUAUUACAAGAAUUCCUUCCCGCCCUCCAUCAGAAUUGUCUGAGGAAACAGACGAUAUAAUCAGUGAUGCUGGAACUGUUGAUGAUAGAGGCACUGAGGAGGCCAAGGAGAUCAAUGUGUUAGAUGAAGCUCCACGCUGUGAUCAGAGUACUGGUACUGAUGAUGAAAUUCCUGAUAUUGAAGACAAGGUAGUUGAUCAUGGAAAAUCAGUUGUAGAUCAAGGCAAUGAGGAAUUAGUGCUGAAAAUCGACAAGUUGGAACAAGAACUUCGUGAAGUUGCUGCUCUUGAAGUUUCCCUGUACUCUGUAGUGCCCGAGCAUGGAAGUUCAGCACAUAAGUUGCACACCCCAGCUCGGCGUCUGUCUAGGUUAUAUAUCCAUGCAUCCAAGUCUUGGUCUGAAGAUAAGAGAGCUUCGGUAGCAAAAAGCAUUGCUUCUGGUCUUGUUCUUGUUGCAAAGUCCAGUAGCAAUGAUGCUUCGAGGCUGACAUUCUGGCUGUCCAACACAGUUGUCCUCAGGGAGAUAAUUGUACAAACUUUUGGCAUCUCACAUCAAUUUACUCCAUCCAUGACGAAUAUGAGCAUGAAUGGUGGUGCCAAAAAACUUGGUGGGAAAUCUAUGACAAUGCUGUGGAGAAACAACUACAAUGGCACGCAAGCCAACUUUGCUGCGAGGCUGAUGCCAGAUGAUUGGCAGGAAACAAGUACACUUUUGGCUGCAUUAGAGAAGAUUGAGUCUUGGAUAUUUUCUCGCAUUGUUGAGACAGUAUGGUGGCAGGCACUAACUCCUCACAUGCAAAAACGGGCAGAAGGAUCAUCAACUCCAAAGGCUGGUAGAGUGCUAGGUCCUGCUUUGGGUGAUCAGCAGCAGGGCACCUUUUCUGUUAACCUGUGGAAGGCUGCGUUUCAGGACGCAUUCAGCAGAAUGUGCCCCCUCAGUGCUGGCAGACAUGAGUGUGGCUGUUUACCAGUAUUAGCAAAACUGGUGAUGGAGCAGUGUGUAGCCCGUUUGGAUGUUGCCAUGUUCAAUGCCAUCCUACGUGAAUCAGCAAGUGAGAUACCAACAGACCCUAUAUCUGACCCAAUUGUUGACCCAAAAGUCCUACCAAUUCCAGCUGGUGAUCUAAGCUUUGGGUCAGGCGCGCAGCUGAAGAACUCUAUUGGAAACUGGUCCAGAUGGCUGACAGAUAAGCUUGGCAUAGAUCAUGAUGAUUCUGAGGACAUAGGAGAUGUUGAAGACGAAAGAAGAGCCGCAGCUGAAACGAAAUCGUUUCAACUUCUCAAUGAGCUAAGUGAUCUCCUGAUGCUCCCAAAGGACAUGCUCCUUGAAAAAUCUAUCAGGAAAGAGGUUUGUCCCUCAAUUGGCCUUCAGUUAGUGACUAGGAUCCUGUGCAACUUCACCCCAGAUGAGUUUUGCCCUGAUCCGGUUCCAAGCACGGUCUUAGAAGAGCUGAAUUCCGAGAGCUUGCUGGAGCGUCACGCCAACAAAGACGUGACCAGUGUGUUUCCGUGCACCGCUGCCCCUAUAGUGUACCGCACACCUUCAACGUUGGACGCGGCAGAGAGAGCGGCAGACAUAGGAGGUGGCGCGAAGCUGGACAGGAAAGCCUCAAUGGUGCAGAGGAGAGGGUACACCAGUGACGACGACCUUGACGACCUGGAUUCUCCCCUCGCAUCCCUAAUCGACAGGAGCGCCCCACCUUCUCCGUCGAACGGUUUGGCACACUUCAGUGCUGGGAGAGGAGUUUCCAUGGAGAAUACAAGAUACACGCUCCUAAGAGAAGUAUGGGGGCUGGAGCAACGGUGAUGGAUGAUGACGAGCCUGUAAAACCUAAAAUCUCUUCUACUGCCACCCAAAUGAGAGCACAAGAAGGCCUAUUUGUGUGGGGUCUUCAGCAAUCUCUACAGUAAAAAUGCAACACUUCCUUGUACUGUACAUUCCCACGAUCCUAUGUAUCUUAGCUCUUUUGUAGUAUAUAGCAGCAAAAGAGGGUGUCGGCAAAGAUACAGAUACAGUAUUGAGUUAAAAUUCUAUAAUGAUAUGACAUUCUCUUCACCUACCAA